CAACGCCCCGGAGCGCUCGGGCUCCUAUCGGCAGGCGGCCUCCGAGCACUCUUCCUCACCAACGGCUGAAAAAGGAGAAGUCCUUGGACAGUCCUCCGGAGAUGGACUCUCCGGGGGGGAGCGUCAGCAGCGAUCUGCGGAGGCAGAACGAGGAGCUGCGUGCUCGUCUCGCCGGUGAGGCUGCUGACCAUAAGCGGAGACUCGACGCUUAUCGCAGAGCGCAGCAAGGCCAAGCCGCGUUGGUGUCCAGGCUUCAGUCCAAGGUCCUGCAAUACAAGCAACGAUGCUCGGAGCUGGAGAGCCAGAUGUUGGAGACGACUCCACGCAGCGAGCCAUCAGCGUCGUCUACGUUCCGCGCGCCGCCGCCGGUCAAGUCCGGGAUAGCUCUGCCGCCGCCGCCCUCCGCCAGCACCUGUGCUUCGGCUGCCGUGUCAGCUGCCGAUGCCAGGAUCACGGAUCUAGAGACCGCCUUGAGGCGCUUGGAUGAGGAGAAACGCAAGUGUGAGAAACUGGUGCAGCAGAACAACUUGCUCCGGGACCAACUGGAAGAGUCUCACCAACUGAACGAGGCUCUCACGUCAGACUUGCAGAAGCUCACCAAUGACUGGGAGGCUCUGCGGGAUGAGAUGGCCAUCAAGGAGGAUGAGUGGAAGGAUGAGGAACAGGCAUUCAACGACUACUACUCAAACGAACACCACCGCCUGCUCAGCUUAUGGCGUGAGGUAGUAGCCGUCAAGCGUCACUUUGCUGAACUGCAGACCAACACUGAACGAGACCUGUACCGUGUGAAGAAUGAGUUUGAUUCUAAUGCUAGGGAGUUGGUGGGCAUGCUUAGCGGGUAUUCCAUCAAUGUGUUUGCGGCUCAGAAUAUUAAGCCAGAGUACCAGCCCUUAUCUCACCAGGCUGCCUAUCAAACACCACAAGGUGGUUACCAGGCCUCCCAACCAGGUUACCAGGCCACUCAACCAGGUUACCAGGCCUCCCAACCUGGCUACCAGGCCCAAGGUCCCCACGCUCCUGGUCUCCAAGGCUCCCAAGGUCAUGGAACUACUGGAGCAGGGCCGUAUACGGUGGAGGGUAUGCGCGUAGAUCUGCGCGAUAUGACGGCUCAGAGGGAUUCUGCGCUCGCAGAGUUGAGAGAACGAGAUGCGAGGAUACAACGUCUGCUUGGAGAACUGCAGGAAUUGGAGGAGCGGUGUGGCUGCGCAGAGGCAGCGUGUGGCUCAGCCAGCGUGAUGCGCGCGGCGCUGGAGGAGGUGGCGCGCGCGCUCAUACACGACUCCGACAGCGACGCGCCGCCCGCGCAUCCCGCGCAUCUACAUCUGCACGACAGGUCACCGAAACGCAUACCAACCAACGCCAACGCGACGGCAUUCGCAGAGAGCACAAUAUCAGCUGUCCAAGCUGCGCUCCACAAGUAUCAGAUACAAAUACAUGAGCUCCAAGUGAAGCUGCAGAAUUCUCGCGAGCAGUUAGCUACUUGCAGGAAACACGGUGAAGCGGCUGAAAUCAAUGUCGCCUCUUUGGAAAGCAAGGUCCAGGAUCUACAAGGUAAACUAGACCAAGCCAACGCGGAUGUUCAUCAAAUGUUACAAGAGAAGGAGUCGAUGCAGAAAACGGUAGAAGCACUUCGCAGCGACAAGAAUAACUUGGAGAGAAAUAGAGUGGAGAUUAAUGCUAUGGUGGAAUCUCUAACAUCAGACUACGAGAAGCUACAGAAGAUAAACUCUCGGCUAGAGAAGACUAUCGAAGCGUUAGAGAGUGAGAAGAGGAACUUGAAUGAUGAAGUGGAUCAUUUACACAGAGAGGCGUCUAGUAGGGAGGCGGUGUUGAGGGCCGAAGAAGAACGUUCUUCCCGUCUCCGCUCAGAACUGGUGUCGACUAGAGAGGAGCUCAACAAGACCGCUCUAGCACGGGACUUGCUCGACCAGCAGAAGAUUGAGGGAGACAGCAUACUGUCGCAGAUGGAGAAACAUAGGAGUGAUCUAGAAAUAGAGCUAGAAAGAACUCUUAUGGAGAGAAGUGACUUACAAGACCUCGUGGAGAAGUUGGAAGCAGCUGUCAGAAACCUCGAAAGCGAUAAGAAGAAACUGCAUGAAGAUGUUAAACAUUUGGAAGACGAGAAAUCAAACCUGUCGAGUCAAUCAUCAGAACAGCAAGGAGAUCUUAACUCUUUACGCAAAGAGCUGCUCGCGGCUGAACAAACUAGGAUGGAGUUGGAGGCAGAUAAGGCAUCGCUGUGUGAGAAGAUCAAGUUCCUUGAAGGAGAGAGAGAUAAAGUGGAGUUGGAAUUGCGACAGGUUAUGAGGGAACGAGGCGAACUAAGUUCCCAGCUAACAGCGAUGGUUCGCAAGAAAGAUACACUUAACGAAGAGAUCAUACGCCUACAACAGCGAUUGGAACAGGCCAAUGAGACUAUUGGUAGAAUUAACAGAGCUUUAGAAGAUCAUGUCAAAGAUGGGGAAGAGAAACAGAUUCUAAUAGACAGCCUCGAAAAAGACAAGCAUCACUUACAAGAACAAUUAGCAGGAGUUCGUUCAGAGAAGGACGCUUUAGAAGCAGUCCUGUUCGACACGGCUAACAUGUUGGAAGAUACUGACAACAAGAGGGCCAAGCUCGAACAUGAGCUGCAAGAGACAUUAGUGCAGCAAGAGAAUUAUAAAGGUCAAAUCGCCCGCCUCACAAAAGACCUGGAGAACAGCGAGCGCAAACUCCGCGACACUCGCAACUCGAUGUCGCAGGCUUCCGGCAAGAAGGAGGCAGAGUACCAGCAGAUUAUAUCUAACAUCAACCGCACUACUACUGAGAAUAUCACCAAGUUAAAGGAGGAGAAGGAACAACUCCGGCAAGCUCUCGAACACAAGCUCAGCCAGACCAUAGCGGCACUAACCAGCGAGAAAGAAUCAUGCGAGGCGGGUGCCCGAGAGAGGGAGAAGAAGUUACUCAUAGCGAGGGACCAGCUGAUAUUGCAGCACGAUGAAGCCAUGCUCAGGGCUGAGAAUGAUAAGCAGCAGGCUUUACUUAUGGCCCACCAAGAACAGCAAGCUCUUCUAGAACGUCUAGAAGAAGCGAAACGAGCGUUCGACCUCGAACAGAACAAGCUCGAGCGAGUGCGGCGCGACGCGCAUGCGCGAGCCGAACAGGACCGCACCUAUGUCAACCAGCUGAAGGAUGAGAUCGCCGCGCUUAAGACCAGGCUGGAUGAGGCUAAGGCCACAGCAGAAGACGAAUGCGCCCGCUUCGAGAACCGCAUCAAGGAGCUACACUUAGAAAAGGAGGCGGUUAUGCGCGAAUGUACCGAGAUCCGCGCCCAAUUGUCAUUGGCUGAAGACAAGUAUGACAAUGCGUAUGCACAGUUACAGGAGACCAUGAGGAAGUUGAAAGAGUUGGAGAACGAAUCGGACAGUCUGCGCAAGGAACUGACGGACGUCCGUCGCCAGCUAACGAACUGUAUAGCUGAACGCGACAAGUACAACAGCAGCUGUCGCGAACUGCGCGACCACGUCAAGCGAGCUGAGCACGAGCGAAGAGAGGCGGCCAGAGCCAGGGACGAGGCUUAUCAUAAGAUUGCUGGCCUCGAAGAAAACCGCACAUCCCUCGAUUUAGAACUGUCCCGCGUACAAACCAUGUUGAAGGAGAGUGAGACGGGCGGGGAACAUGUCACCCGAGAGCUGAAGGCCACUGAGAGUCAGCUGAAGAGAGAACGAGCUGCUUUGGAGCAGGCUAAUCAUGAUAUUAAAGAGUUGCAGUCUAGACUACAAAACGAGAGCGAAGAACGCGAGCGUUGUGCCGGCGACGCGGCCGCUGCCCGGCGGCACGGCGCCGAGCUGGAGGCCAUGCUGGGCGCCGCCCGCGCCGACCUGGCCGCCUGCAGGCAGCGGGCUGCUGAACUGGAGGAGGCCUGUAGAGCUAGGGACCAGGAGUUAGUCCUACGACUAGAAGACUGUCGGUCGAAGGAGCGUCGUUUAGAAGAACUCAAACAUAACCUCGAGGUGUGCCUCGCUGACGCCACGCAGCAGAUACAGGAACUCAAGGCUCGUCUGGGCGGCAGCGAGGGUCGUUGCCGAGCCCUAGAAGCGUCCCUCUCGCAGUGCGAGAGCGGCAAGCGCGAGGCGGAAGCCAAGCUGUCGUCCAUCGCGCAUGCGCUGCGCCGGGUCUGUGGCGUGCAGCCCGACGGCACCGUGCACGCCGCCACCAGGAAGCGCCUCGCCAGCCCCGCCAGGAGAUACAGCCCGCAUAGAGGACGCGACCAUUCCGAGGAUCGCAACGAGAUAAUAGAUGUGGACCCAGAACUGGUUAAGAAAGGCAUGCGUAACUUGAUGCAUGAUGUCUGCCAGAUUGAACGGGAGAAGGAUGACUUCAAGUCACAAGUGAACAUGCUAAAGAAACAGCUCAAAGAUGCCUGUGAACAGCAAGGCAAGGGUGACAACAAGCUGCAGUCGGUCACCAGCAACCUGCGCAGCUUGCAGGAGGAGAAGGCGAGGCUGCAGACCGCGUACGGACAGAAGGAGGCGCAGCUCAAUGCUCUGAAUGAGUCAGUGCAGAGUAAGACAGUGGAGAUCAGCAACUUGCGAGACAAGAUUACCAGUCUUGAAGCUACGUUGGCGUCUGUCACGGAAGAGAAAGUACAGAAUGAGAACAAAGGCGAUAAUCUGCGAGUACAGUUAGCGGAACGUGUACAAGAAGUAGGACAACUCCGGGAAGCGCUUGCUGCGGCUGAAGGCCGCGCGUCCCGGCUGGACGUGCGGCGCGCGCAGCUGGAGGGCGACGUGCAGCGCGCCGCCGCCGCCGCGCGGGACCGCGACCAGGCACUGAAGAAACUACAAGAACGUUGCGAAGGUUACACCCGCACUAUCGCCCAACUAGAAGACAGAUGUACCUCCCUCAAGGGUACCGUAGAACAACUAUCAACAGCCUUACAAAAGGCAGCCACGGCCGAGUCGGAGCUGCGAGCCGACCUCGGCAAGGUCACGAGGCAGUUGAACGAGGCAAAGAAUAAUGAACAUAAUGCUGUUGAUAAGCUGAGGCAGAUACAGAAGAGUGUUUCGAGCUGUGAGAACGAACGCAGGGUACUAACAGAGAAACUAGAGAGUGCCAAGGCAGCGCUAGGAGAGAUGAAGAGACUCAACUCUUCACUAGAAGACCAAGUGCACAGACUCACUAACCAGUUAGCGAAUGUAGAAGUGCAAAGGUCGGCCUUCGAAUCCCAACUCCGCAUGACGACAUGGGACGGCAAAGAAAGCAAUACAGACAGCGAGCUCGAACGCGAACUACACCAACUACAACGGGACAGAUCUGAACUGAAGUCCAAGUGCGAAGUCCUGCAGGACACGGUGCGAAAGUUGGAGGCCGACCGGCGCAUGCGGCCCGCGCUGCGCAGCAAGAGCCACGACCGCGGGGAUAAGACUGUUUACUACUCUGAUUUAGAUUCAGGUCCAGAUUCAACAAAGGACUCAUCAACAACGCGAGGUUAUAAAGACUCAGCCAACAUUCCAUGCAAGGACAAAGGUUUUACCACCGACAUCAGUCUUAUUGAAUUGGAGAACAGGGAGCUCAGGAUGAAGAUACGACGCUUGGAGAAAGAGUUAGCGGAUAAGGAGGCAGAACUAGUAAUGGCUAGAACCCGGUACUUAUCCGACUUAUCCAGCGUAUCUCCUUCACGGAGAGGCGAUGUGGAACAUUAUAGACAAGCCGCGUUACAAGCCGAGAGACUGUUGGAGAGCAAGGAGGCCAGCUAUAGGCAGCAGAUUAUGAGGCUGGAGUCACAGGCUUCCCAACUUCGGUCACAGCUAACAGCGGAGAUCCGUCGUCGGCAAGCGUACAUAGCCCGUAGUGGUCGCGCCGCCCGCGACGUGCAGCGCCUGCGCUCAGCUCUCGGGGACUCGCUGCGGACUGUCUCACAGGACCCAGCGUUAGACUCGUACACGUUGGAGCACGAAGCCAGAAAGCUGGACAGCACGCUCACCCAUAGUCUUCCGCCGCUGAACGACAGCUACGACUCGUCCAAAUAAACACCGGCACCGCAGCAAGCCGAUAUUUACCAAUAAUGAACUGCCAACUCGAGCAUUGUGUAAAAAACACACACAAUAGGAAUACAGAUGGUGUAAUUUAUAACCAGCCGUGUAGUUUCAAGUUUCUAUUAUAGGAAAACUGGCUGCGUGUAAAAUUAGCAGAUAAAAUCGAUACAAUAGGUGACACCGAUGUUAUUCCUAUCCUCUAGUGUUUAUCACCAGUUUUUCGACUUCCAGCGAUGUCUAUUUUUAGUGUUGCUCGAAAAUUGGACAAACUCGACAGUACAAAUAUGGCAUGGACUGCGGACUCGCGAGGGCGAGUAUUUAUGAAGAGAACAAAAAACAUUUUGUAAUCUUCGAGUCGAAAAAGUGGCCUCAUUUAUGAUGGACCCAAAAACUUGAAAGUUGUUACGACAUCGUUAAUCAGUAAAAGUAUUGCUGAAUGCCAUUGUAGUUAUCGGUAAACGUGUGACGUCAUCACUGCCUGUCUCAUAUCGGACGCAUGUUUACAAAUUUCAUUUGUUCGGCAUGUGAGUUUUAUUCGAGUUAACAACACCACAUGUCACUAGUUUGGGAUGAAUCUAUUUGGAAUAUUGGAUGCUUCUGUACGUUGUACGAAACGAAGAUUAUUCUCAGUAGGGGUAAUGCACUAAAUAUUCACGAAUAAUGUAGACGGAGUGCAUUUGUCAUUUAGCAAUGAUUUGUUUGAUAACACGCAUGAGUCAAAGCGUCUUGAACGAUGAUUCACGCCGAGGUCAGUUCAAAGACCGGAAAUAUGGAGGAAGCGAUUUUUUUUAAACUCAAAUGACUCAGUAAUAAUCUAGUUUAUCGGUGAUGGUGUGUACUUGUUUCGUGAUUUCUAGUCAUAUUAUUUCUUAAUUUACUUUCCUAUAAAAAACUAUUAACAACGAUAAAGUUUUUGUGUUCUAAACUCAAUUUGCUGUAUAUUUUUAUACUUUAUUUAUUGCAUUAGAACUUCGCAAAAACAUCGAUCCUUAAAGAAAAAACUAAAAAAAUAUUAUAAUAACUACUUAUAUCAUGCCGAAUUAUUCAAAAUUCUAAGCUUUAGUUUAUGUGAUGUUGUCUAGUCAUUUAUUUUAACUACCUAAAAUCUAAUAUUUAAUUAUUGUCAUUGAAUGUUCUUUGUGCAUCCAGAGUUAAUAAAACGUAGUUAUUUGCAUGUUUGUGACGAUUACAUCAUUGUUUUGGAUUAGCGGGAUACGUCAUACUUAUAAAUAAUUACAUGUGUUCAUAAAAACAUAAUAAUUAUAAUGUGAAGAUUUCUUAGUUUGAUAUAUUCUAUUGUGUGAUUAUUUAUGCAAAUUUUUAUAAUAAAAAUAUAAGAAUAAUAGUCACUUAGACUAGUCAUAAUAGUAUUAACUUAUUAAUUAAGAUUAAUGGUAAAAAAUCCGUCCAGGACUAUGCUUUACCGUAUGUCAGAAUGUGUGGACACCUAGGUACCUAUUUAUCACGUUUUCCGCCUCAACGACUUAUGAAUAUUGUUUUAAAAUCAACUACGUAGUAUUAACAAUAUUUAUGUCAUUAUACUAUAUACGUAUAUUAACAGAGGAAAAUAUUGUGGAUUUCCCGAAAAUCACACGUUAACAAUUCAAUUUUAACUAUGAGGGAGCCAUUGUAUUAUAACAUGUUUUUAUAUAAAACACAGUAUAAAAUACGUGCAAGUUUCACUUCACGCUUUAUCGUAAAGGGGCGAAGCAGUUGAGCUGCCACUAUUAUUUGUUAAAACAUGAAUAAAAGCGGAUAACAUUUAUCAAAGUAAUUUUAUGAGUAUUUAUCACAAAGCAAAUUGUCCUGAUAAGUGUGCACUAGUAUUGGGUUAUUAUUACAUUAGUUAGUGAAAAGGGCAGUAACAAUAGUGCUCGCUAACAUUUGACCCCACUGCACCUCGCUAGAUAAGCGCCGGGGCCCGGGCGCCUUGAUAAAAAUGGUUCAACACCAUUUCAUUCCACUAUCUAUUUUGCCGGCUAUCGGCACGACACUGUAGACAACCCUAUUGUAUGUAGAAUAUUCACGUUCCCACAUGCUUAUUACUUCCAAUUAACGACUUUGCAGUAUUUAGUGUUAAGAUAUAAUUUUGUAUGUCACACGCGCCCCAUAGUGGGCUCGAUCUAUGUAUGAGACCUUGUUACACAUCAUGGGGUGUGCCAACAGAAAACUAACGCAACUGUAAUCCAACACUUGUUUUGCAUCAUAGAUUAGAUUGCUUAGUUAUCGAGUUCAUAAUAGAUAUUAAGUUAGGCGUAUUGAGUUCAUUUCCACUGGACUGUGUCAAUUCUUAUGUUACUAGAAUAUCGACAUACGCCCGCCACGUCACACUGCCAUACAUAAUGUUUUAUCAUGAUUUAAUGUACUGUUCAGUUAGUCCCUAUAGAAUUAAGUAUAGACACGUUUAUGUAACUUUUGUACACUCAUCAAGUCAAUAAAUAGUUGUAGAUGGUA